AUGCAAUUCUCUUUCCUCACCCUUUUGACUGUUUGUGCCCAUGUCACUGCGCUUCCUGGAUUGCUUGAACAAAAUGGCAAAUGUGACCAGGCAGCUUGCGAGCGCUUCGCGCAUGAGUCGGGCUGGCCGAACCAGAUCUCUACCUCUUGGUGUACAUCAACCGCUACGGCUACUGUCACGUCUACGGACACCAUUUACACUACGGACGCCAUUUACACUACGGACACCAUUUACACUACGGACAUCAGUUACACCACUGACACCAUUUACACUACGGAUACCAUCACUUUCACCACUACCUGCACUGAGACAGCUACCCCGACCGGGGCAUGGGGUUCGCAUGGGAGUGGGAAAUGGUAA